UUUGGUUUGACCGUUGAAUUCAGUGUUACACAUGACAUGUGAUGUGAUGUGGUGUGAGAAGCCAAAGCUGUAGUUUCGAUUCUCUUAACCUUUUUCCAAACGUUCUGGAUCUUCCAUGUCUGAUCUAAUCUAACUCAACAUUCUUCCACACUCAAAGGUACAUGUUUUAGUUUUAGUUUCCAUCACUCUUCUCUAUUCUAAUUCCCCAUGUUUAAUUAACUAUAUGAUAAUUAACCUAUGCUUUAUAUUCAACAUAAGCAGAUUCAAUUGAAGUUUAUUUUUUGUUUCUAGGUCUACAAUUCCAUGUUUUUUUCAUUUAAUAAAUUUAUACUAACUAGGUUUGUGGAGUGAUUGAGGUGAUAAUGGAUAAGAACAAAUCCACUGGUCUUCCACCUCCAUGUGGCCGUUACUCAACAACAGCAAAUGUGAAAUCAGAGCCAUCACCAACAUCAUCAUCAUCAGACUCAGCUACCUUUAGCCAUGAUAUUAACACAAUGAGUGAUAAUCCUCCAAGAAACAGAGGGCAUAGGCGUGCUCAUUCUGAGAUUCUGACCCUACCUGAUGAUAUUAGCUUUGAUAGUGAUAUUGGCAUAGUUGGAGCUGAUGACAAUGAUGAAGAUUUACUUUCCAUGUACCUUGAUAUGGAUAAAUUCAAUUCUGAAGACAACAACAUUGUUGAUCAAAGUCAUGGUUUUAGGCACAAACAUAGCCAGUCCAUGGAUGGAUCAUCAACCACAAUCAAUCCUGACAUGUUACUAUCCGUUCCUGAUUCUAAAAAAGCAAUGUCUGCUGCUAAGCUUGCAGAGCUUGCCUUAAUUGAUCCCAAGCGUGCUAAAAGGGUAUGGGCAAACAGACAGUCUGCUGCAAGAUCAAAAGAAAGGAAGAUGCGUUACAUUUCCGAGCUUGAAAUGAAGGUGCAGACAUUGCAAACUGAAGCAACAUCCUUGUCUGCACAAUUAACUAUCUUGCAGAGGGAUACAAACGGACUGAAUGCUGAGAACAGUGAGAUGAAGUUGCGAUUGCAAACCAUGGAGCAACAAGUUCACUUGCAAGAUGCAUUGAACGAUGCAUUGAAAGAGGAAAUUCAGCAUUGGAAAGUACUGACUGGGCAAGCUAUGCCGAAUGGAGGACCUAUGAACUUUUCUUCAUUUGGAGGGGGGCAACAAUUCUAUUCCAACAAUCAGGCGAUGCACACUCUUUUAGCUUCACAACAGUUUCAACAACUUCAAAUUCAUUCCCAGAAGCCGCAACAUCAACUUCAGCAGCAACAGCAGCAUCAGCUUCAGCAACAGCAGCAUCAGCUUCAGCAACAGCAACAACAGUUUCAGCAGCAUCAACCGCAGCAGGAACAGUAGUAUCAAAAAAAUGGGGAACUUGAAAAGGAGAGGGACCCAUAAAUAGCUUCAUCAGAUGCAAAUCCUUCAGCGGCCGAUUAUUUUAGAGACUUCACAUUGUCUUUAUCUUCUCCAAUACCUUUAAUUACCCUUUGUCUUGUGUCUAGAGUUUGUUAAGGUCAGAGUCAUAUAUUUCUUAUUCAUGAACAGUUCAAAUGGUCCUUGUUAGAGAUUGAGAAUUAUGUAUUGUUCCUUGGCUUUGUAAAAUUCUUCUGUACCUUUGGUUAUAGAUCUGUGAGGCGGAUUUAUGUUUGUUAAGUCUGCCUUCAAUUGUUCUGUAUUCCUAUAAACUAGAAUUUCCC